AAGAUCUUUAAGCGGACAGUGUGCUUUUGCAUUGAUAUAUCAAAUCAAGCCAGAAGACAUUUUAACAUCAUUUUGGUCACACUUUAAUAGAAGAUCAUGCCAAGUAAAGGAAAGAAUUGUUCAAGAUGGAUCCACGGUGGAUGCUAUUCUUUGUUUGUGGUUACCAUUAUUGUGUUAAGUGCAUUCCUGUAUUACUGCACGAACCCACGGGAUCCAACCCUGCCAAGUCUCUCGACACCGCCUCGAGUAAAGAACGUCACUACAUCGGCGAUUGAGAUAGAAUGGAAGGGGGAUUACGACGGUGACGGGCCCGUAUGCGGGUUCAUCGUCGAGCUUAAAUCUCCGGGUUCAACGUCGUGGACGAGUGUCGGGUUCGUUUACUUCGAUGAGGACGAGGAUGAUUUCGAAUACACAAUUGAGAGACUCGAUGCUAACGCCCUCUACGGAAUAAGUGUUAUGAUGCUGCACUGUUUCGGCAUGGAAGGUGUGAGGGGUCCGGAGAUUAGCCAGUUAACAGAGGACCAUGAACCGCAGACAAAGCCACCAUCUUUAUCGACAUCAACAGCGCCACCAUGCCCGGCGCAGAAUUGCACUGAAUCUCCACAGAACCCAUCCGAAGAUGAUCUUCCCUGGAGAAUGAUGUUCGUAAUUGCUGUACCCGUGCUCUCGGCCAUCGUCUUGCUGCAACUGAUUAUUCUCAUGAGCCUCUGUGUUCGACGGUGUCGGAAGAAUAGUGCUCAUACAGUUGUAGAUUAGCCGACCACCGUUCCGGAGCAAACACCAGAGGAAACACAGUAACCGGACAUGACAUCUUCAUAAUAGAUCAUUAAUAACAUUGCGUAUCGAAGUGUGACGUCACACUGACCAAGUUGUCAAGUUUGCUGGUUCUAAACGGUUUUCAGUCCUAUCCGAGGGACUAGGUAAUAAGGAUAAAUACCUUACCAAGGGGCACGAGGGUAUUGACUUGGUUUCGAACCCAGGACCUUCCGGUCACGAGACCACUGCUCUACCUCUGACCCAUCUCGCCUCCUCAAUGAUCGAUGUCACUGUGAACCUCAUGCGCAAGCUCUGUUAUUAGGAACCAGUAACCUGGACGACGAGCGAAUAUGACGUUAGCACUUCGGUAGUCUAUAUAGCAGUAGUGCAAUGUGUGUUCAUCUGUGAGGGAGAGGGGGGAGCUACUAAAGAAGAUGAGGGAGCUGGUCAAGACCCCUUCUUCAUAUUGACUGUCAACCUAUCUUAAUAUCCAGCAUUGAAAAAAACUACACAGUGCCACCUCACAUUUAUGAACAUCUAAUAAAAUGUUCCAAAGUUUCAAAAAACAUCUAUUAGAUUAGGAUUUGCAUAUUCAGAACAAAUUAAACCUAUAAUAAUAUUUGAUUAUUUCCUUCAUUAAGGUUUUAAUACAGAAGCCAUCCGCUUCGAGUGGGCAACGGGUUAAGAGAUACUUAAAUUGUGGUAUAAUUGCUUAUCAUAUGAAAUUCCUGGAAAUAGAAAGUUUAAUUUCAUUCUAAAUGUAUGUAAGAGAAGUAAACUGUACGACAUUGAAGUUAUGUUUCCAUGUACAGUAUGUAUGUAUUCACGAAAUUAUUCGCUCAAUGUAUGCAUUGAUGUGUUCAUAAUUGUUGUAUUUAUUAUCUAAAUGAAUGGUAUUACUGAAUCCUCUUUACUCUUAAAUUGUAUUAUCUUUGCUGAUGAUACGAGUAUUUGUUAUUCCCUUAAAAACCUUGAGACGCUCAUAACGCAGUCGCAUUAUGAAAAAGUGAUAAUGUCUAAGUAGUUUAAAUCUAAUACGUAUCACUAAAUGUAAAAACAAAUUUCAUUCAUUUUAGAAAUAAUA